GGCCACCCCCUUCUUUCCUGUUGGGGUAUGGUGAUAGAUAAGUAUAAGACCCCCCGCAAGAAUGCGAUCACAUAGGCAAAAACGAGUCGUUGUGCUGUCUUCUCUCGGUCGACGCUCCAAAAUGCAGCAGCUGAUCCUUCCCGUUCUCCUGGCAUCCUUCUGGACAAUCUGCACAGGAGCAGGAGACUGGUGCUAUCAGUCCCAGUUUUCCUGCGAUCAUCAGUGCAAUGCCCCUGAAAAUUGGAACCACGCAAACAGUGGCUGUGUAGGGAGAAAGCAGUCGCCCAUUAACAUCGUCACCAGAAAGGCACUGAAAGAUGAGCGCCUGACCCCUUUUGAGUUCGGCAACUACCAGGAGACCUUCAGAGGCACUAUCAAAAACAACGGCCACUCCGUUCAGGUUGGAGUUCCUCAUCUCAGCACCAUCUCUGGUGGAGGUCUGCCCACACGCUACAAGGCGGUGCAGUUUCACCUGCACUGGGGCAAAGACGGAGGGCCUGGCUCUGAGCACACCAUCGAUGGGGAGCAGUAUCCCAUGGAGCUGCACAUUGUUCACAUGAAGCACGAAUACACUGAUUUGACUACAGCACUGAAGGACCCAGAGGGGAUUGCUGUUCUUGGAUUUUUCUAUGAGAGGUCCAACAGUGCAAACCGGAAGUACGAACCCAUCAUCAACAGUCUGAAAAGCAUCAAAUCUACAAGCUUCAACACUUCUCUGCCUCCCAUCUCCCUCACUCAGCUGAUCCCAUCUGAGCAGAAUCUGACCUCCUACUACCGGUACAAGGGCUCGCUGACCACCCCGGGGUGCUCUGAGGCUGUCAUCUGGACUGUGUUUGAGAACCCAAUCCCUUUGAGCAUGGAACAGCUGGCAGCUUUCUCUGAACUCCAGUUCCAUGAAGGAAAGAGGAUGGUGGGAAACUUCAGGCCGGUCCAGCCCCUUAAUGGCCGACAGGUGUACAAGUCAGGAGGCGCAGUGAUCCUUGCCAGCUCCCUCCUCCUUGUGGCUGCGGUGGCCACGGCUUUGGGACUGUCCCAGCUCGACUAGAGUGAGACGCCCCGCGCUGCACUGCGACAUCCACGAACACGAACGUUCUGUUUCAUCAGCUGAGCCCUGGUUCGCAACAUCUCCACUGCAUGUUUGCUAAGAUGAAGGACCACGUCGUAGUGCAGCCAAUGUCUCACCUGGCGUUCCUCCCUUAUGACACAAAUGACAGAGGCGUUCGAGGAGCGCCUUAUGAAACGUGCUGUAAGGGGAUCGAUCAGCAUCCAUGCAUGCUUAGUGAAGCAGUUGGUCUUAUUUCAGCAUCAUGAAUGUGCCAUAAAGCAGGUUACAGAGCACUCAGAGUGACAGCUGGAUUCAACACUAGAUCCCUAAGUCAUGCCCUGAUUUUUCCCAGCAUCACCCUAAACACCAACACUCGUCACACAUACUCUUUAGACCUCUUCCACCUUGUCCAAUGUCAGGUAAAUUUAGUCCUUGCUAAUGUCGGAGUGAGUUGCCUAUUGCAGCCUCAUGACGGGACACGUGAUGCGUUGCUCUUAAUGGGGCAUGUGAACGGCGUGGAGUUAUAAAUAGUAGAACUGAGUCAUAAAAAUAAGCUCCAUUUCAAAGCCAGCGGUCAAAGAAGUCAGCAGUUUGGUAGGUGCAGGAGCGCACAGCGCUACUAUCCGGUGCACCCUCUCACAGCAGUUGGUUUGGGGUAGGACCCAAGGGUGAGGGGUGAGAGGUCUCUCCUUUUAAUCCAUGAAGAACAACUGUAUGGUGUUCUGAGAGCAGAGCUGCAGCAUCUUUGGCGGUAGAGUCAGCGGAAGCAGGCAAAGGUGAAGAUGCAGAGAUGCUAAAGCUAACGGUGUGUCACGAAGCCUCACUUUUGAGGAGCUGACCAACAUAUAUACACUCUCAUACCAGCAUCUUCUUUUUUUUUU